AUGAAGACCAACAACAAAUGGACUGAUAGUUCAUUUGAUCAACUCCUUGAGUUGUUGCAUUCGACAUUUCCACCAGACAACAAGGUUCCCCGUUCAUAUUAUUUAGCAAAAAAGAAACUGAAGAAGUUAGGUUUGGGGUACGAGUCAAUUCAUGUGUGCAAAAACGAUUGUUUUCUCUUCUGGAAGGAACACAAGUCAUUGCAAGUUUGUCUCAUUUGUAAAGAGAGUUGGUGGAUUGAUAAAAACACCAAGGGUAAGAAAGUAGCUCAUAAGGUGUUACGGUACUUUCCAGUGGCCCCUAGACUACGCCGUUUGUAUUGUUCACGGUACACUUCCAAAAAUAUGAUAUGGCAUAGUACUGGGAGAUCAGAAGAUGGUGUGAUGCGUAAUCCCGUUGAUGGAGAGUCUUGGCAAAAAUUUGAUGUAGAUUACCCUGACUUCUCGAGUGAACUUCGCAAUGUACGACUAGGGCUGGCAGCUGAUGGCUUUAAUCCAUUUGGUAACAUGUGUAAUCCGCAUAGUACGUGGCAGGUUGUACUCACCACUUACAAUUUGCCACCAUGGCUUUGUAUGAAAGAGUCAUCAUUCAUGUUGGCCUUGUCGAUUCCCGGCCCUAAAGCGCCUGGAAAGGACAUAGAUGUUUUCCUUAGGCCGUUAGUGGAAGAGCUUAAGUUUUUAUGGCAAUCAGGCGUACGCAUUAAAGACGCAACGACAAACACAUUCUUCACGAUGAAAGCUAUGUUGUUAUGGACAAUAAACGACUUUUCAGCUCGUAGUAGUUUAUCGGGCUGGAGCGGACAAGGGUAUAGAGCAUGCCUGACUUGCAAUGAAGACACUCCGUCGUACCGUGCAGUAAAUAAAGUCGUUUAUAUCGGUCAUCGUCGGUUCUUAGAUGUUGAUGAUCCAUUAAGGAUGAGUUUGAAAUUUAAUGGGCAACCAGAGACAAGACCCACUCUGAGACACUUUACUAAUGAAGACAUACAAGAGCAACUAGGUCGUAUAAUACUUCGUAAUCUGGGUAAACAUCCUAACACUCUCAAAGAAAACAUGGAUCGUCAAGGAUUCGAGUUGAACUGGUCGAAACGUAGCAUAUUUUUCGAGCUCGAGUAUUGGUAUUCUCUGCAGCUGAAGCACAACAAUAGAUUUGAUGCAUGUCGAGAAAAAUGUGGGUGA